AUGUUCAACUUACGUUCCAUCACCCUACUGGUCAUAUCCUACGUCGUGAUCCCCCGCCUUACCUUCCUCCCACAAAACGUGCACUCGCUGCUCAUAUUAUUUGGGCCCUUUGUCCUCCCGCGCAUCGUCAACUGGUUCAAUGCAGCCCGCACAACCUCUCCAAGCGUCCCCGUACGACCGACUCCGCCGCGAGUGAAGCACGCACUCAAUCUCUUGUUCGUCGCCGCCGCCGUCUGCCUGACAGUGUCGCUGUCUCCUUUCGCGCCCGACAACGUGUUCCUAGCGACACAGAGCCACAUCCGCACCGAGACAAGCGUUCUGUUUGCGCGGCUUCGGCAUCUCAGACCGCUCACAGAGUUUGACAACGCGUUACGAUCCAGGUUUGAAGUCAACGGGCGCAACAAGCUGUAUUAUCUGGCGUAUGGCCCUGACACUUUGCUGAACUGCCUAUGGUGCGUCACGGCAGACGGAAACGACACCAACAACUACUUCUUCUACAGCCUGCCAAAGAUGGUCAUACCACACAUCUUUCAGCUCGCUGUGCUCGGCUUGGCUACCUCGUCAUUGGUCGGAAGCGAAGGCUCGCGAUUCCGGACGCACGCAACCAUCCUAGGCCUUGCAGCCCUGAUUGUGGAGAUAUGGUUUAUGGCGACCUACGACAUCACGGUCAACAAGCGGGCCAAGUUUGUUCAGGACAUCGACUCGAUACACUGGCGUGUUAGGUUCCUGCGAUACAUUGCCUUUGCAGUUCAGGACAUAGGCAUGGCUUUCGUGCUCUGGGCUACGAGUACCAAUCGAUGGCUGGCGAAGCCCAUCUCAAUUGCGCAACGAUUAGAGAUGGCGACCCGUGUGUCUGAAGAGACAAUGAACAAGAUGCGUGCGCUUGGCCUGAUCACAAACUCGGUCAAUCGCGAUCCAGCGCUUCGAGGUGUCAGGGAAGAAUACUGGAGGACGGAAGCUCAGGUCAUGUCAGAGACGGUGCAAGAGGAAGCGGUCAUGGAGCAAAUCAACGCAGCCAUCAGCAAGAUGGACUUCAAUGCACUGGAAAGUCGCGUAGGUGAGGUCGCUGAUGGUAUACUGUUAGGCAUUGACGGUCUUCGACAACCGGGGCAGAUCGCUGAGGCGUUGUCGUGA